CGAAGGGUCACUACGGACUUUUGACGAUGGAGCUCUUGGACGCGAUCCGAGCUGGAAGCGAUGUGAGUGCGCUCUUGGGCGCACCGAACGUCUCUCUCAACGCCCAGGACAAGGAUGGCCACACGGCGCUAAUGCUGGCGACGCAAGCCAACAACAUUGGGCUCAUGCAGCAGCUACUCACGGCGGCGUGCGACGUCAACCGUCGCAACCAGGCCGGCCAAACGGCCCUCUUCUUCGCCUCGUCGGUCGUGGCGGCCGCGCACCUCGUCGAGAAGAAGAUCAACCUGAACGCGCGCGACGCUCAGCGCAGCACCGCGGCGUUGCGGGUCAUCGAGGCCGGCCACGAAGAUGUGGCCGUCUACCUCAUCGAACGCGGCUGCGAUAUCAACGAGCGCAACAAGGCUCAAAAGACCAUGCUGUCGGCAGCGAUUGGCAAGUCGCAGCGGCGCGUCAUCGAAGCACUGGCGGCGCGCGCUGAUUUGGACUGGAAGGCCGCGGGCACCGCGCCGCUGUUGUUUGCGGCCAUGACGGGCAAUGUCGACAUCGCGUCGUUGCUGCUCACGUUCAACUGCGACAUGGAUGCCCCGGGGCCCGAUGGCACGACGCCCCUAAUGGCUGCGAUUCAAAACGGCCACGCGGCGCUCAUGUUGCACUUGCUCGAGAACGGCUGCAAUGUCAACUGCCGCGACAAGGCGGGACGCUCCGCCUGGAACUACGCCCUCGAACAUGACCACAGCUUGGCAGCGACGCUUCUCGAGCAUGGCUAUGACCUACGUCGUGCGGACCCCAACGGUCAGACGGCGCUGGCGGUCGCGCUGGCGCACAAGGCCGACGUCGUGGCCAAGCUUGUCGUGACCAAGAUGGCGGAACAGGGCUUGAACCUCAGCGCGCCCGAUCCUAUGGGCAAGUCGGCGCUAUGGGCAGCCGUGCUGCAUGGCGACACGGAGCUUGUCGCGCUCCUCCUCGACGAGGGCUGCAGUGCGAGCGCCGCGGCCAAAGACGGCUCGACGCCGCUCUCACUGGCCAUCCAACAUCAGAAGGAUGACGUCGUGCGCUUGCUGCUCCAGCACGACGGCGCCGGCGACGUGGCGCUCUUGAACGCUGUGACCGCCGGUGACGUGGCCACGCUCGACGCGCUUCUCGGCUACGGUGUCGAUGUGAACGCGACCGAUCGCCACGGCAACACGCCGUUGAUGCUAGCGCUCCGGCACCGCCACGAAGCAAUGACGACAGCGCUCUUGGCCAAGCAGUGCGACACUGAGCGCUGCAACGACAAAGGCGAGAGUGCGCUGCACAUGGCGUUGGCCGACGAGAACGUUCUGGCGCUCCUCCUCGAGACGUCGUCGGGAAUGCUAAAUCGUCAGGACCAAUCGGGCAAGACCUUGCUCAUGACGGCGCUCGAGCGCCACGCGACGGAUGCGGUGCUCCAGCGGCUUCUCACGCAGAGCCCACCGGCGUCGCUGGCCGCCACCGACACUAUGGGCCGAAAUGCGCUCUUUUGUGCAGUCGAGACGAACCGCGUCGAGAUCGCCAAGCACCUUCUCGCACUCGGUACCAACCCCAACACGCAGCUCUCGACGACGGGAGAAACGGUGCUCAUGGCCGCCGUGCGCCACGAGCCAACGCUGGUCGAGCCGCUUCUCGAACGCGGCGCGAGUGUCGACUUGCCCGAUCACGACGGUGUGACACCGAUACUGGCGGCGUGCGCCUCGUCGACGACGCCGAGCAAUGUCGUCGCGGUGCUCGGGAAGCGCGGCUGCAACCUCAACGCGCAGGCGGCCACGUUCCACGACGGCAAGUCACCACUCAUGCUCGCGCUUUCACAUGCGCGGGAGGAUGUGGUGGAGCUGCUCCUGGCGGCGCCGACGACCGACGUCACACUGGCCGCGACGGAUGGGCGAACAGCGCUCUUCUUGGCGUCGACACCAGCGCUCAUUCGCACGCUGGUCGCGCGCGGGUGUCCUGUCGACACCAAAGAUAAGCUCGGACGCACGCCGUUCAUGAUGGCGUUCGAUCACUCGAGCGACGACGUUGCCUUGGCGCUCAUCGACCUCGAGUGCAACGUCACGGCCGUGAGCAAGGAAGGCGUGUCGGCGCUGUCCCAGGCGGCCGCCAGUGCCAGCGUGGCCAUGGUGCAACGGCUCCUUGACGCAGGCUGCGACAUCAACGUACGCGACCCGACGCAAAAUGGCAACACGCCGCUGAUGCUGGCACUGCAAAACAACCGCACGGAGACUGUGCGUCUUCUUCUCGAGCGCAAGUGCGACGUCGUCCGCGGCAACAAGCUGGGGCAAUCGGCACUCUUCUUUGCGUCCGUGGACACGGUCGCCAAGCUGCGAGAGAUGGGCUGCAACGUCGACGCCAAGGACGAGGACGGGCAGUCGCCGCUUAUGUACCUCUUACGUUGCAACCGACCGGACGUUGCGCGUCUCUUGAUGGACAAAAAAUGCAACCUGCUGUACUACAACAACCGGGGGGAGUCAUUGCUGUGGUAUGUGGUCCACGUACGCCCCGAGACGGACGCGAUCGCAAUGGCCACCGAGCUCUUGUCCCACGGCGUCGACAAAAACCACCAAGACAAGGCGGGAGACACAGCGCUGUUGCAUGUGCUGCGACACCGUCUACGCGGCGUCGCGCAGCUCUUGGUCGACCGGGAAGCCGACGUCACGAUCCGUAACCAGAAGAACGAGUCGGCGCUGCACCUCGUUGUCGACGACGUCGAUUGGGUCGAGCGACUCAUCAAGGCAGGGUGUCGCCUCAACGACCAGACGCAUGACAAAAAGCAGACACCGCUCAUGCUAGCGCUCGAGUCGAAGUGCUUGGCGUCGGCAAAGGAGCUCCUGACGGCCAAAGGCUGCGACUUGCGCCCUGCCGACACGACGGGGGCCACUGCGCUUUUUUACAUCAUUCGCGCCCAAGCCACGGCGCUGCUCGACACCUUGUUUGAGCGCGAAAUGGAGUGCGACCUCAACGCCCAGCUCCACGACGGUUAUACACCGCUCAUGGAAGCCAUCAAGUUCAACCUGCCCGACAUUGCGGAGCGGCUUUUGCGCCACCGCUGCGACGUGUCGCUGCUCAAUAACGAGCGCGCGUCCGCGCUCCAUAUGCUCGAAGAGUCGACGUCCGUGGCGUUGCAGCAGCUGCGGAGUCUUCUCGAGACGACCGACCUCUUCUUUGGCGACACGUUUGAGCUCCACUUGCAGCAGGAGAAGGCGGACGCGGCCAGUGUGCCCCUCAGCUUUCUUCCGUGGCGAAAAGGGGCCCUGGAAACCGACCUCACCAAGCCGGACGUGCAGUACGUUUUGGUCGUGCCGGGCCCCGAGAUGCUCGAGAACAACAAUACGCGCGACGCGUUCAUUCCGGCGCGCUUUGUCAUCAAGCCGCGGAGCAGCGAUGCGAUGGCCAAGGAGAAGAAGACAGUGCUCAAGUACGCAUACGAGUUUGUGCUGCAAGUCGCACCGGAAACGUGUGCGAUUUGCGUGCCGACGAGCCAGCAACUGUACUCGCUCAACGCCAAGACGCCGGGUAGCAACCAUGUGCUCAGCCUCCAGCCGCGCUUCCGCGACGCGUCGGCCAAAGUGCUUUCCAAAGGCGAGAUGCACGUGGCGUUGACCAACCACCGCGCAAACAACCCUGUCCGCAAUGGCGACGACAAAAUUGUGGUGCACGUCGCCGACGCCAACCGUCUACGCAAGUCGUUCAAUACGGACUGGGUGACACUGCCGGCGCUGACGCGCGCCGACGGCGUUGUCGCGCGCCCCGUCUGCUGCGACAUUGACGGCGGCUUCCUCGGGCUCAACGGCUUGCUCGACCGCCGCCAGGCCAAGCCCGUGUUCUUCUCGAUCCACAAGAUCGACAUGUAGCGACGUUACACAAGAUAACACCGAGUUGCAUGCUACGUGGCAGCCUACGGGCGCAGCAGCGGCAAAAAUUCGUGCAGCGCCA